GAGGAGCAGGAAAAGGAGGAGGAGGAAGAGGAGGAGCAGCAGCAGAAGCGCGCGGUUCCCCCGCCCGCCCGCUGAGGCCGCAGCUCCCCCGGCUCCGGCAGCAUCGCCUCCCCGCAUCCCGAGAGCAGGAUUUCCCAUUGCCAAGCCGUGGCCGGAUGGAGGAGGAGGAGGCCGCGAAGAAGAGGAAGAUGCCCCGGGAGCCCCAGGCAGACAGGGAGCUGAGCACGGAGCGCAGAGAGAACAAAUCCCCGUGGCAGAAGCUGGUGGGAGAGGCCGUUUUGAGUGGCUCCACGGGCCAGGAAUCUAAGGGGGAGGAAGAGCCCGAGAGAUGCUGCACAAGGAGGGGCUGCAAACACAGCCUAAGGAGGUCCAAGGAGGAAGGCGGCCGGAGAUCCAGCCAGAGCUUGGAGCUGGGGGUCCAUGAACAGUUUCACAAUGGGGAGAAGCCCCACAAGUGCUCAAAAUGUGGGACGGGCUUCAGGUGGAAGUCCAGACUGAUUGUCCACCAGAGAAUCCACACCGGAGAGAGGCCCUACGAGUGUGGGGAGUGUGGGAAGAGCUUCAGAGACAGCUCCAGUCUGAUCUGCCACUGGAAAAUCCACACAGGAGAGAGGCCCUACGAGUGUGGAGAGUGUGGGCAGAGCUUCAGCCAGAGCUCCAACCUGAUUGUCCACCAGAGAAGCCACACAGGGGAGAGGCCCUACGAGUGUGGGGAGUGUGGGAAGAGCUUUGGCCGGAGAUCCAGCCUGUGGGCACACCAGCGGACGCACACAGGGGAGAGGCCCUACGAGUGUGGGGAGUGUGGGAAGAGGUUUCCAAGGAGCUGCAGUCUCCUCAAACAUGAGCAGAGUCACACGGAUGAGAGGCCCUUCCGCUGCCCCGACUGUGGGAAGGGCUUCCAGCGCAACUCCACCCUCAUCAUCCACCGGCGCAUCCACACCGGGGAGAGGCCCUACGAGUGUCCCGAGUGUGGGAAGAGCUUCUCACAGAGCUCUUCCUUGACCCAACACCAACGGAGGCACCGCUAA